AUGCAGGACGACCAGGCAGGACAUUCCCCGAGCAGAGACUAUAAUCUAUCAGCAGCUAUAUGCUCUGAUUUCGGUCUGCGUCAAGGUCUGACAUCCUAUGGAGAUGCACACUUUUCUCUUUUCCUCAGAAAAGUCUUCAUAAAGGCAUUGGGAUACUCGGAGGAUGCUCUCUCCCGCCCGAUCAUUGGCAUCAUCAAUACUUUUUCCGGGUUCAACCCCUGCCAUGCGAAUGUACCCCAGCUGAUCGAGGCUGCUAAGCGCGGUAUCCAGCUCAAUGGGGGCCUGGCGAUAGAAUUUCCUACUAUCAGUAUACAUGAGUCAUUCUCUCAUCCGACCAGCAUGUUCCUGCGCAAUCUGAUGAGCAUGGAUACGGAGGAAAUGAUUCGAGCCCAGCCGCUGGAUGCGUGUAUCAUGAUUGGAGGUUGUGACAAAACCGUUCCCGCACAACUUAUGGGUGGUAUCUCGGCCAAUAAGCCAGUCUUGCCGCUUGUAACAGGACCGAUGAUGCCGGGAAGCUACCGCGGGCAGAGAAUAGGUGCGUGUACUGACUGCCGCAACAACUGGGCGGCUUUCCGUGCAGGAGACAUAGACAUAGAGGAGAUUUCGGCUAUCAAUGACGAGCUGGCACCGACGAUCGGGACCUGCGGUGUGAUGGGAACUGCCAGUACGAUGGCUUGUGUCACCGCUGCUCUAGGGCUGAUGCCCCUGCGCGGUGCUUCUGCGCCCGCAGUCUCGUCUGCCAGGGUCAGGAUCGCAGAAGAGACAGGAGCCAAUGCUGUGGCCGCGGCAAUAGCUAAGAGGAGACCGCAAGAUAUUCUUUCGAAAGAGUCGUUUUUGAAUGCUAUCACAGUUCUUCAAGCGAUCGGGGGAUCGACAAAUGCCGUCGUCCAUCUAAUGGCUAUUGUUAAUCGGCAUCCCAAGCUCCAGGGAGCUAUAACAUUAGAUACUUUUGCGGAGAUUGGGCGGAGCACUCCUUUGCUGAUUGAUUUGAAGCCCAGCGGUGACAACUAUAUGAAUGAUUUCCAUAAUGCUGGGGGUAUGCUGGCGCUACUGCACACUCUUCGUCCCCUUCUGCACCUCUCAGCCAUGACGAUCUCUGGCCAGACUUUGGGCGAGGUUUUGGACGCAUCUCCAUUUCGCACAUUCCCACUUUCGCAGCAGGUUAUCAGGACACUAUCCAAUCCACUCUACCCUUCAUCUUCUCUCGUUGUCCUCAAAGGUAACAUCGCACCGGACGGCGCGAUCAUAAAAGCGUCCGCCUCCAAAGAUCGCAGGCUCCUUACCCACACAGGACCAGCUGUCGUUUUCGAAAAUCCAGAAGAUCUGGCCAAAAGGAUUGAUGACCCAGACCUAGACGUGACUAAAGACUCGGUGCUUGUGUUGAAGGGGAUAGGUCCUAUUGGCAAUCCCGGCAUGCCAGAAGCUGGUCUGAUUCCUAUACCGCGCAAGCUUGCUUCUGCAGGCAUCAAGGAUAUGCUGCGUCUCUCGGACGGAAGGAUGUCAGGAACAGCGGGCGGCACUAUUGUCCUCCAUAUUUCGCCAGAAUCAGCCUUACCAGAGUCACCAUUCGGGGUGGUGCAGACUGGCGAUAUGAUCACUUGCAAUGCUGAUAGCGGGAAGCUCAACCUGGAAAUUUCCGACGAAGAACUCAAAUUCCGUGUAGAGACGAGGAAGAAAGAAGCGGAUGCAGCCACAGCUUGCUUGCACAGAGCACGGAGCAGAGGCUAUCGAGGCUUGUAUGAACGGUCAGUCAAUCAGGCUCAAGACGGAGCCGAUUUUGACUUCCUAACAGCCGUUGGGCCAUCAGAUAUCAGUAAAUGA